AUGUUCACCGCCGAUCCCACAAUCGCCCUGUUUCAUGAACCGUCGCAGACAUUCGAGAAAGAAGGGACAAGAGAUGAAUCGGAGCUCGCUGGCGGGUUUGCCGAGGAAAACUGGACUCUGCUCGAUUGCGACUCUGGUAGAGGCUCAUCCUUGAAAACAACUUCAGAGAUUAGCGAUGACAAGCCCGAGCGCGACAGCCCUUCAGACUAUCCAGACACGAGUAGCAUAAGCAUAAGCAAACCACCUUCUACCAUAUCGGAAGGGACUGUCGCACGUACCGGUCAAAAAAGGCGUCGCUCCAGCUCCUCGGCAUCAAUCUCAAAUGGUGCGCAUUCUUACCCAGUAAUAUCAUAUGCCAGCGAUAUUCUUUCAUCGAGCAACAACGCGUAUCUGACUGAAAGCUUGCUGAGGAUCUAUCAUGAUAGUUUCGAAAACGCACUUGCAUGCUGGGUAACAGAAAGAACCUGUCCCUACAGUGCAAAAUCGGAUACUCUGCUAGCCACGAAUGCUAGACCCGAUUGGAAUAGAAUCUAUCACCGAGUGGUUCGCCUCGAUAGACUAGCAUCUACCAUCAGAGGGCGCAAGCUUACCCAGACGGAAGACCGCGCUGCAUCUAGGGCUUUGGACUUGGCGGUUUUCUCCUUCGCUUCACAGUGGGCGCAAUCCAGUGCCAGAAGCAGAACGAAGUAUCCGUUCCAUAGCACUUCGAUCGACGGUGGCAGCAGCGUCUUUGAUAGCGAAGAGGACGAAUGUACUCCGACCGGCUUGGACUUCGAUCGUACGUUACAGAUAUCAGCAUGGCAUGAGGCCCGCAACGCACUACAAAAAGCUGGCGAGGUGGAGUCUUUCCGAGUGGUACUCGCACAAAUCAUCUUCGCUUUGACACAAAGACCGAUUGAGACAGUUGAAGAAACACAGGAUGCGCCGAACUCUGUUUCGAAGACCGAACUGAUGGAGACAGACGCUUGUGCGCAAGUAUCGAGAGAAGGUACACCCUUGCUUGCAACCGAUCAGGAUAUGGACGACUGUGCAGACUUGAUGUCGAAAUUGAAUCUUGCAAUAGAGGCUGAUGGACCACCUGUCCAUCUCGAAUCAGGCCUCCGGCUCAUUCAUUCUUUGAGAUCACGCAUGACCAUGUCCAGAGAAGCGCGACGCAGCAGCUCCGCACGGCAACGACGCUCGUCAGUCGUGCGGCUUGAAGAUGCGGACCGUGCAACAGUAGAUCUUCUGUUCUGGUUGGGCGUUAUGUUCGACACUCUGUCAGCAGCAAUGCAUAAACGACCGUUGGUGGUAUCGGAUGAAGAUAGCGAUGUAGUGCUUAGCGAAAGCAUGCAAAUCGAGCACUCGGUCCAACAGGCAGUAACACCCUCGUCGACAGACGAAGGCGACGGACUCUGGGAUGAGUAUCUGUUCGCCCGACAACAACAACAGAACCCGGAGCAUGUACCCAUGAGAUGGCCAUGCUCAUUCGAUGAAGCGGCAACCGCGCUGUGUGAUGCAGCCCCUGUCAAGGUGUUACUGUUCAGGAGGGUUUGCCGAAUCCAGACGCUCCUUACAAGGAACGCGCGAGGCGCGAAGGUUGAAGAGGCUGUUAGUUCGGCGAUGGACGUGUGCAACCACUGGGAUGCGCUGUACGCUCCUUUCAUACGGGACUGCAUCCAGAACCACGACCGCCUCCCACCACGCGUCCAGUCGUGGUACGUUUGUGUUACCGGCCAUUGGCACCUGGCAACGCUUCUGCUUGCAGACUUGAUGGAAGUGGUAGACGAGUCAGAGCUUGGGCUCGAAGAAGCCACACAGCAACGGAAUCUAACCGCUUUCAUCGCAAAGUUCCGUGAGAACAACUGCCGGGUAUUAUCCGAUCUGGCGAGCUGCGCAUGCCCGCGAGAAGACGCAUCGUUCCCAGAGUCCCGCGAAUUUCAUUUUGCAGUUAACGAAGGCGCACUGUUGACGGAACCAUGGACUGUGGUGUUGAUUCGUGCAUUCGCCAAGGCGGGUGUUUUGUUACUGGAGUCAGACACUUUAUUACCGUCUGACCUGGAUCGUGAGGAUGCUUUCCAACGAGCUGAUGCUUGUAUCAAGGCGUUAUGGUUUUUGGGCAGAAAAUCUGACAUGGCUCUUUCGGCGGCGAAUAUUUUGGGAGAGGCGUUGAAGCAGCGACGAAAAAGUGCGCAGCAUAGGGUUAGCGAUAUGAGCGUCUUCUUAGAGAGUGAACUGUGGCAUGAUUUGGAAGGGGCGUUUGAGGUGGACUGUGAACUAUAG